AUGUCGGCAAAGAGUCUAGUGUACGGCGCGAGCUUGUUGAGCGGUCUGGCCAUCAUCGGAUGCGUGUUCACCGUCGGAUACAUCUUCAAUGACAUCAACGAGUUCUACGAUAAGACGAUGGAGACGAUGGACGAGUUCAAGGUAGUGUUUCAGUUGGCAUUCCAUUCAAUCUCUGCAUCUUUCCAGCUGAACGAGCGUGGCGCGUGGCACGGAAUGGUCGAGCGCACUCGUGCUCCAUCUGAGAUUCUGUUCGGACGUGCCAAGAGACAAGCAGGACAGUGCAACUGCGGAGCUCAGUCGACCGGAUGCCCAGCCGGACCACCAGGACCACCAGGAGCUCCAGGAGCGCCAGGAGACGACGGACAUCCAGGAGAGGCCGGAAAGGCCGGACCAAACGGAGUGGCGGUGGGACUUGCCGAAGAGAACGGAGGAUGCAUCAAGUGCCCGGCCGGCGAGCCAGGACCAGCAGGAGCUCCAGGAGCACCAGGACCAGCUGGGCCAGACGGACAGCCAGGACAAGACGGAGGAGCUGGACAGCCAGGACCAGCAGGACCAGCGGGACCAGCCGGAGAUGCUGGAGCACCCGGAGCGCCAGGAGCGCCAGGACAGCCAGGACAGCCAGGAAAGGACGGACAGAGAUCAACGGGAACUCCAGGAGCCGCCGGAGCGCCAGGACCACAGGGACCAGCUGGACAAGACGGACAGCCAGGAGCCGCGGGAGCACCAGGAGAGGCCGGACCAGCGGGAGCGCCAGGACAAGACGGACAGCCAGGAGAGGCCGGAGAGAACGGAGCCGCCGGACAGCCAGGACAGGAUGGACAGCCGGGAUCCGAUGCCGCCUACUGCCCGUGCCCGGCCAGAUCUGUCGCUGUUCAGCGCAGAGCUUCUGUCCGCAGAGCUUCCAAGGUCGUCGUCUAA